UCAGACAGUGAAGAAACUGGCAGGCAACCAACAAUGUAGACGAGCUGCAGAAACUACAACAGAGUCAGGGCAGACUGCGGGUAGUUUACCUUUAAUAACGGACUGUACACGGUCACGGUCGGGCUGUUCGGGGUGGAUAUUCUGUGGGAGAGAGCAGCAGGAGGGCUUUCAGUGGUUUUUUGGGCUGUUUUAUUAAAGUUUUGGAGAGUUCUCCUCACAAAGGAAAGUUAACUAAGUUAGCUGGCUAGCUAACUUUAGCUCACUAAAGCUUCUAAAACAUCUAAGCUCACUAAUUAGCUAUCUUUCUCUGAAUUGGUGAAACUAGCUAGCUUCUUCAGCUCGAGCGAUAGCUAUAAAGCUAGCUAACUGUUAGCUAGCUUGAAGUUUGGAGGUUGGUGAAGUUUGUGAAAGCUCAAACCAAGAAAGAGAGACACAGAGAGAGGGGAGCUGCUGCUGCUGCCGCUGCUGCCGCUGCCUCUGCCUGCAGCUCGUGUGCUCUGGGAUGUCGUGCUGGAGUGGAAAGGCCCGGGGGGGAAGCCAGGGUCUUCAGCCCCUCAGAGCUACUGUUCCCUUCCAGCUCAACAACAAUAAAGCCCCACCACCACAACCAGCAACAGCAGCACCACGCUGCUGCAGAGAGGCAUUAACAGUUGAUAGCAAGACAAAGGCUCGUCCCCCAAAGCCGACCCUGAGAAGGACUCACUCUUUGGACACGCUGGUGGGGCCGUACCUGCAGGGACACUGGCCUAAACAGACCGAGAGUCAGAACACAACCUGUGUCAAUGACAAAGCCACACAGACUCCCAGUUCCUGGACUGAGGAGACCCGGGGGAGAAGAGGUGGAUUGGGACACAAGCGCUCUGCAUCAUGGGGAAGUGCUGAGCAUCUGAGAGAGGUUGCUAAGCUCAGACACUCUCUACAGAAGCGCUCCAGACAUGCACCUCCUGGCUAUGACCGCUCUCAUCAGCCGCCACCUAGCAUUCACUUACACGCACCCGGAGCUACACAGACAGUACCUCUCCUGCCCCUCAGCAGGCUGGCUCCUAGAUUGCGGCGCAGCGUGGAGGGGCUUAACCUGGAGCUGGAGGGGGUCUUUGUUUCUGAGUCACAAGAGGAGCAGCACAAGAUUCUAGAAGUCCCUGACGGUCAUAGAGCACCUGUUCCAGCCCAGAGGUGCAGCAGUGGCUCUCAGAGUGACCCUUCGCCUGGACUCUUCUCCCCCUCACAGUCCCCUUGUCCAAUCACAGACUCUGACAUGGUGGUGUGUGGCCCGCUGGACCCCUCUCCCUCUCCUCCCCUGUACGUGGCUGACGCGCCCUCCUCCUCCCCCCGCCCCAACAAGACCUACGCCUUCCAGAGAGAGCCACCAGAGGGCUGUGAGAGAGUGCGUGUGUGUGAAGAGGCCUUUUCUCCAUGCCAAGGCGAUCAACCCAUUCAGCCAUCCUGCCCCGACCCCAACAAAGUCAACUUCACUCCACACGGAGGCUCCGCCUUCUGUCCUGUCAGCCUGCUUAAACCCCUCCUCCCUUCCAUGGACUUGCUGUUUCGCGGCCUGUCAGUCUCGCCUGUCACUGGCUGCUCAGGCCUAAGCCCCGCCUCCUGUCAGACAUCCACACAUACAGUGGGCAACAACACAUACCUCCCAGACUCUACCACCUUUUAAAGGACUCUGCCACCAGUUACCAUAAAACCAUUACAAAAAAACAUUUCCAUUAAUGGCAAGGUGGGAUCUGACAAAUGUAAAAGAAUUGGACUGAGAUUUUUUUUUUCUAUGGGCAAUUUUUUAAAAGAAUUGACUGAAGCGUGUUAACCUUAUGGACAGGAGGGAAAUCAUGAGAAAAAAGAAAAGAAGAAGAAAAAGAAGAAGAAAGACAAUCUCUCACCAGUACUGCAGCAAAACAUGGUCACUCUCAGGACAAACCCUCAAACCUAUUUAAUUUGUUUGAUCUGAGUAUAAAACACAUUUGUUUGAUCUGAGUAUAAAACACCUGACUCCUUAACAUGGCUACAGAUAUCCCAGUCCUUAAAUAAAUAAAUAAGCAAUAAGCUUUUCUAGAUUUUUACAAGGAAAAUGUUCAUUUUUCAUAUGGGAAUGUGCCAAACAUGUGCACAGUACUGUGCAAAUGCCUCAGGCAGUGAUGGAAAUUGUUUCAAACUAUAUAUCUGCAGUAAAUGUUUUGUGUGUAUAAUAUUAUACAACACAUACAGUAUUAAAAUAGAGUAAAAAUACUGAACUAGGUAUUAAAAGGUAAUGAAUAGUACAGACUAGGCUUCCCUAAAGAAAGCUUAAACUUCACACUUAAUCAAAUCAAAUAAUAUGUGUAUUAUUCUAUGUGUCUUCAUUCUACUGUUGGUGUUUAAUCUUUACUGACAGGAUAAACAGUUUUACAGACAUUUUCCUCAGAUGCCUCAGAAGAUCGUUUUGCACAGUACUGUAUUUUGUAGUGGAUAAAAAGCAAAAUCAUUAUCUUCAAUAAUGCACAGUUUGAACUGUGGUGCAUCCAAACUGGUUUGCUGCACUUUUAAACCACAUUUAGAAAAGAUAGGUCAAGGAAUUACUGAUUACUGAUGUGCUGAUACCUAGGUCCAUCAGAUCAGUGUGUCCUGUACUCAAGCCUGUGAUGAUCACCAGCAUAGCCUUUAAAAGGGAAGAGCAUUUUGCUAUUGCAAAACAUAUUAACUGAAUUCUGGUAUACUGUAUGUGUGAUAAAACAGAGUGACUAGACUUCAGUAAGACCUGGACACUUCAUGUGAUGAAUAUCUGGAUUGUAUCCAGCAUGUACACUUGGUAGACACAUGUGUCUCCAUUUGGUCAGACUAAAUCUGAUUGCUGUAUUGGGUGGAAUAUGUAUGCAAAUUCACUCAUUGCACAGCAAUUAUUACUUGUGUUGUACUGUUUUUACUGGGAGAAUAGACUGACGGACAUGUUUACACUGCUGUGUAUGUGUCAAAUCUGGUUGUACCUUCUAAAGCAGUAUGUUUGACUUAUCAGAUUUAUUUAGAUCUGAAUCUAAAUCUUAAAUGUGUCUUGGGUGUAUUUAAACUUACACUCACACUAUUUAAGUGGCUUGGCCAAAUCCAGAUACUAUAAUCCUGAUACUCAAUACACAUCUAGUGACCAGGUGUAUACAGGGUAUAAAGGUUUCUUCGUCCAUUUAAACUGGUUUUGACUGAAGUAUUUGCUGAGACUUUUAUUUCUGUUUUUCAUUUAUCUCCACAGAACUGACAAGCUAUAUACAUAUGUAUAUUUUAUCCAAGUAGUUUUGGAUUGGAACCAUUUUUGACUUGACACACUGGUAGUGUGGUGCUUUUCUGUUUCAAUAAUUUGUCAGAUGAUAAAACUGAAGUUGACCAAACAACUUCACACUGACUUAUUCUUUUUCUAAAUCACUUCAACAGGUGAUUUUUCAUCACUCAUAUGAGCAGUUUUAUACGUGAAACAGAAUUGUGUGCACAAUUAAGAUAUCCUUGGUUUUUAUUCUGAUUGGGUUUUGUAACAUUGUUUUUGUAAAAGUAAAGAGUUUUGCCUAGUUUUGAGUACAGCAACAUGAUCACAACAUGGUCACAACAUUCAAAAGCACUGAUUUCUGAUUGAUUUAUAUUUUAUGUAUAUUUUUUCUUGACUUUAUUUUUUGAUAUUCAAUAUUUUUUGCAUUUUUGCAUCUAGAUUUUCUAGAUAUGACAAAGACAGUGUCUGAAGCCCUGUGCAUUUGAACAUGUAAAGUCUAGUACUUGUAGCAUAGCACUAAGAACAGACAGUUCUGUAUGUUGGUGUCACUAUUUUUUUUUCUUUUAGUUUGAAGGAUAAAAUCUUCAAAUAUGAGACUGUUAAAUCGUUUAAUGUUAUUUCUUUUUUUAUAUAUAUAGAGCGGAAAAGAAAGAAGAGAUCAAAUGUGCCAUUUUUUUUGCUCAUAUACUAUUAUAGAUCACUACAAGAAACAAGCAGUAUAUAAAUAUAUAUAUUGGAUAAUUAAUUGUUCUUUUCUAAUUGUAAUGACUGACACAAAGCAGAGGAAUGAUUUCCUGAAGCUUUAUUCUUGUGCCAUGUUCUACCUACAAUCUAUACAUAAUCCCAUAAUCUCAGGAUUUUUUUAAAGGUUUGAUGGCUAAAUUUAAGUUCUACGUAAUGUUUUUUUGUUUGUUUGUUUGUUCUCAGAACAGUUUCUUUUAUGUACAGUCACCUCCUAUUGUGGCUUUUUUUUCAAGUUUGGUUCACGUGUGUUUCACGAUGUUGUCUUAUUGACAAGCAGUAGCCUAUUUCUGACCCUGUUUCUUUUCAGAAUACUGCUGCAAAUUGGAUGUUAUUUUUUAAGCCCUUGAUUUAUGUUGUUGGAAUAUAACAUAAGGAAAAAUACAAAUCAAAAUGUCAAGUUUAAAGAUCUUUUUUUGAUUCUUACCUAAAGGAUGCCACUUAAAAAAAAAUAUAUAUAUAAAAUACUAAACUAAAUUGUGUUAAAAUUAUACCAAGAUUGCAAUAUGUACAUGAUUACCGUAAUGUACUAGUGCAUCUUAAAAAAAAUAGGAUAUCAGUGAAAAGUUAGUUUAUUUCAGUAAUGUGAAAAUAAAAUGUGAAACUCAUAUUGUACAGAUGUAUUACACAGCGUGAUCUAUUUUAAGCGUUUAUUUCUUUUAAUGUUAAGGAUUAUGGUUUACAGCCAAUGAAACCCCUUUAGACUUGAUAUUAGACUUGAUAUACAGAGUGGACCAACACCAGCAAAUGACAUGUCUCUCCAAACCAUCACUGAUUGUGAAAACUUCACACUAGACCUCAAGAAGCUUGGACUGUGUGUCUCUGCACUCUUCCUCCAGACUCUGAUCCCUUGAUUUCCAAAUGAAAUGUAAAAUUUACUGAUGAUCAGUGAUGAUUUGGAGAGUCACGUCAUCUGCUGGUGUUGGUCCACUGUGCUUAAUGAAGUCUAAAGUCAGUACAGUUUUUUUUCCCAGAAAAUCUUAUAGCACUUCAUGCUUCCCUCUGCUGACAACUAUUAUGGAGAUGCAGAUUUCAUUUUCCAGCAGGACUUAGGACACUGCCCACACUGCUGAAAGUAACAAUUGGUCUUAUAUAAUAUUAUAAUUUUCUGAGAGACUGAUUUUUGGGUUUUCAUUAGUUGUAAUUUUGAACAUUUUGAACUGAAUUACUGAAAUCAGGACGCACUAGUAUGGUAUGGAUAUAACAGAACAUGACUGAUCUAGUGCAGAAAGUAUAGUAGUGCGAUUUUAAACGUGUUACAGUAAAAUAAACAUGUAGGCAGAGGUGUGAACAGUCCAUGCUGUGGUUGAGUGGUCUUAAGGAUGAUCCUGAAGAGAAAAACAUGCACAGUUAAACCUGCUCAUUCAGCAGCACAGCCUGUUCUUAGUUAUAAUAACAGACUGUGUUGUUAUUGAUGAGUGGCUGGCUCUCACACUUGACACGUGUAGUUAUGCUUUGGAAGCAGAAGCCACGCCUUCGAACUAAUCCAGGCAUUCUCAUUGGUCCGAGUCAGAGCUGUUGCGCUUAUUUGGACCAAUCGCUUUCCUCCACAUCCCAAGACGUAAAAUCUUACCGCGCCUUGUGUUCAGAAAGGACCGGUGUUUCUGCAAGUAGCGGUCUUAAUCUAAUGCCUAACACCAUCUGCUACUGAAAUGAAAAUAUAACACGCUAUAAUUGCCUAGAAAAUGAGAAGUCGUGUGUGUGGCAUUUGUUUAUGGGUCCGCCAACCUUUAAAUAAUGUGUCCAGAGGCUAAAAUUAUGCAUUUAUUCCUGAAUUACGAUCUUAAUAAAAAAGUUUGAUCUUAAAUAACAUACCGGCUUCAGUAUAAUAACACACCUGCCUAGACUCCCUGUGUACUGCCAAUAAAAUAAUUAUCUGUUCCACCUUAAAUGGAACAGGUAACAGUAUGGCUGAAUGCCACAUCAUCUCUAUUUAAGGUGGAAUGUAAAAAUCAUAACAUAAGCCCAGCUUUAACUUCGUUAUGAGGGGGAAAAUCAGGCAUGUUUUAAAGGCAUCUUCUCAAAACUAGCAUUGGUCCUGCCAGAGCUGCUUUAUAACGAGCCUGCCCACUUUUUAAUCUUAGCGGUUUUAUCAGAAAAUGACUGCAGACCUCCAGAGGGCGCCCGCGAGUGAGCCCUUAAUGAAUGGUGGUAAAUGGAGCUAAACGGCUAAAAAUCGAAUUAAAAAUAGUGUCUAGCCACCUGUUCAUGAUGUUCCUUUAAUUUUGGGAAGUAGUAUGUGUUAUUUUGCCAAAAAUGUAAAGAAACCAUAUCUGAAUAUUUCCAUUUUAUUCAAAACAUAGGUUUUACACAACAGAUUCGCUAGCUUUUAUGCUACUGUCAGCUAAAUGACUGGUUGGUGAGCUGAUGCUGAAGUAACCGCUAUAUAAAGCUCUGGGAAAAAAUAAAAGACCACUUCAGUGUUCAGUGUUCUAUAAACUACAGACAACAUUUCUCCCAAAUUCCAGAUAAAAAAUUUGUCAUUUAGUGCAUUUAUUUACAAAAAAAAUGAAAAGGCUUUCAGACCUCAAAUAAUGCAAAGAAAACAAGUUAAUUCAAUAAAGUUUUAAAAUUUCAGAAAUCAA